UGUGAACACAGAUUUGCCUACUGCUGAUAACGAAAAAUCAGUUCAAUUGACGUCCCGAAUUUCUACGACCUACGAUCACCUUGAAUCAAGACACAUUCACACACAAUGGCAUCCAUAAAAUCAUUAAAUUUGUUAGGAAACCUAAACAAAGUUAUUACAAGGAGGAAUUUUACAACUAGUAAUAUAGCGGCUGCCAAGCAAAUGACCGUCAGGGAUGCCCUAAAUUCGGCUUUGGAUGAAGAAAUGGAAAAAGACGACAGGGUUUUUAUUCUUGGCGAAGAGGUAGCUCAAUACGAUGGGGCUUAUAAGGUUACUAGGGGUUUAUGGAAGAAAUAUGGAGAUAAGAGGGUUAUAGAUACCCCUAUUACCGAGAUGGGAUUUGCAGGUAUCGCUACUGGGGCUGCAAUGGCCGGUCUCAGACCUAUUUGCGAAUUCAUGACGUUUAACUUCGCCAUGCAGGCCAUCGAUCAAAUCAUAAACUCGGCCGCAAAGACAUUUUACAUGUCCGCGGGCCGCGUUAAUGUACCCAUUGUGUUCAGAGGACCUAACGGGGCAGCUUCUGGUGUGGCAGCCCAACAUUCCCAGUGUUUCGGAGCUUGGUAUGCUCAUUGUCCAGGUUUGAAGGUGAUUUCUCCGUACAAUUCAGAAGACUGCAAAGGUCUGCUGAAGGCCGCUAUCAGAGAUCCAGAUCCAGUAGUGUUUUUAGAAAACGAACUUUUAUAUGGUGUCCAAUAUACGAUGUCGGACGAAGCUUUAAGUAAAGAUUUUGUAUUACCAAUAGGGAAGGCAAAAAUUGAAAAGCCAGGUAAACAUAUAACAUUAGUAGCUCACUCGAAGGCCGUAGAGUUGUGUUUAAUAGCCGCCAAAGAAUUAUCCGGUAAAGGUAUCGAAGCGGAAGUUAUCAAUCUUAGGAGCCUCAGACCGUUAGACAUUGAUACGAUAGCAAAGUCAGUUAGCAAAACGAAUCAUUUGAUCUCAGUUGAACAAGGCUGGCCUUCUUGCGGUAUCGGCGCCGAAGUCUUAGCCAGGAUCAUGGAAAGCGAAACGUUCUUCCACCUAGACCAACCAGCUAUCAGGAUCACCGGUGCUGAUGUACCGAUGCCCUACGCCAAGUCUCUAGAAAUGGCCGCCCUGCCGGUACCCAAAGACAUCGUCGAUGCGACAAAAAAAUUGUUAAAAGUCAAGUAAAACCUGAAACAUAUUCAUUAGGCGCGAUAUAAAACAGUCAUCGAUGAUUUGUUCCGUUUCCAUAAUAUAAAGAGUGUCAACCGGUCGUUUAUUAAUAAAAUCGUUUUUUUUUUCGUACAGGAUAGUUACAUAAAUAAAUAGAGGUGGUCGUAGUAGAAAAAAUUUCUAAUUCUAGUGAUAUGUCAAAUGUCAGUAAACUUUCAACUGUCAUACUUCAGGAUAUUAAGUGUCGACUAUCGAAGUACGUAAGCUGCGGUUGUUCCAUUCCUUUUUUUAACCUUAAUCGACCUUUUUAGUGUUCGUUUAUUCUGAUUAGUGACAGUUUAACACUCUUAAGUGGCAGUACUCUAAAAACACUGGUCCUGUCCCUCUUCAGCUAUAAAAUUGUAUUUUUCUUUAAAUUAUCUAGUUACGUAAUCAGGUAG